CAUGCAACAAAGCUGAGACAACAGAAGACUGAGGUGAAGAGGCAGAAGACUGAGAUUGACAAGCUGAACAAACAGCUGCAAGUGAAACAGGUGGCUUUCUCAGCUUCUCUGUUGGGUGCAGGCUCUGGAUACACCGGACCCUUUCCCAUAUACACUACUCUAGUCUUUGCAAAUGUCAUCACAGACAUUGGGAAGGCCUACAACAAUCACACAGGUGUUUUCACUGCCCCAGUGAGAGGAGCCUACCACUUCGAGUGGUACAUAGGUACAUAUGGUGGUUCCCAUGCUUCAGGUGCUGUGUUGGUGAAGAACUCAGAGCACACUUUUAUUGCAUAUGAGCAUCAGAAAAGCCAUUAUGGGAGUUCUUCUAAUGGUGUUACACUGCUUCUGGAGGUUGGAGAUGAUGUGUUUUUACGUCUGUGGCCUAAUACAAAGCUGUUUGACAAUCAAAAUCACCAUACCACCUUCAGUGGCCAUCUGCUUUUCACCAUGUGAGACUGAAGCAGUUCUUCUUUUUUCAGCUGUGAUAGUCAUGCAAGCUUUUGUUGUCUUGAACAGAACUUCAUCUUAAACUCAAUCUGAUUUUCUUGAAUCACAGUAAUCAUGUCAAAUAUACUACAU